UACUGUCUAUGCACCCUCCCGUCACAGAGUGUGGGUGGGGAUCCUCCCCAACAACUAACCUCGUAACAAGUGAGCAUUUCACACUGCAACGGAGUGCACGGUCCUGCUUUUUUGAUCUUCGGCAAGGAGUACCAACUGCAUGCUGAACGAGGAAAGGUGUCUUCGUCUAACAGAAAAUGGCCCAGAAAUCUCUUCUUCAGCUCCCCGAGUUCUGCAACGUCUCUACGGGCACCCUAGUGGUGAAGGAGCCGCUGAAUUUCUGGAAUGGUAGCAGGGUAAAACCAAAGGAAGUGAAGAAUGUUGAACCUGUUUACGAACCUGCAACCGGCCGUGUGCUCUGUGACCUGGUGCCUUGUGGAGAGGAGGAGGUUGACCAGGCCAUCAAGAGCGCCCACUCCGCCUUCCUAAAAUGGAGCAAGCUGGCUGGCAUGGAGAGAGCCCGCAUCAUGCUGGAAGCAGCUCGCAUCAUUAGGGAGCGCAGAGAUGAGAUAGCCAGAGUGGAAGUGGUCAACAAUGGAAAAUCCAUCACAGAAGCCCAAGUGGAUAUAGACAUUGCAUGGCAAUGCAUAGAAUACUACGCUGGCAUUGCCCCAACUUUGUCAGGCCAGCACAUCCAGCUCCCAGGUGGCUCCUUUGCCUAUACCCGCCGUGAGCCUCUGGGUGUCUGUGCGGGUAUUGGUGCCUGGAACUACCCCUUCCAGAUCGCAGCCUGGAAGUCUGCCCCUGCAUUGGCUUGUGGUAAUGCCAUGGUGUUCAAACCCUCCCCAAUGACUCCAGUCACAGCAGUCAUACUGGCAGAGAUCUAUAAGGAAGCUGGAGUACCAGAGGGGCUCUUUAACGUGGUCCAAGGUGGGGCAGAGACAGGGACCCUGUUAUGCCACCAUCCAACAGUGGCUAAGGUGUCUUUUACAGGCAGCGUCCCGACCGGAAAGAAGAUCAUGGAGAUGUCCUCUAAAGGGGUAAAGCAGGUGACCUUAGAACUGGGAGGGAAGUCUCCUCUGAUCAUCUUUAAAGACUGUGAGCUGGAGAAUGCUGUGAAAGGUGCACUGAUGGCUAACUUCCUGACUCAGGGCCAGGUGUGCUGUAACGGUACCCGAGUGUACGUCCAGAAAGACAUCAUGCCGCAGUUCCUGGAGGAGGUGGUGAAGAGGACCAAGGCCAUCCCUCUGGGAGACCCUCAGCUGGAGGGUACCCGCAUGGGCGCCCUGAUCAGCAGGCCACAGUUCGACAAGGUGCUGGCCUACAUCGACGGGGCUAAGAAACAGGGAGCCAAGGUGCUUUGUGGAGGAGAGCCGUUUAUGCCAAGUGAUCCAAAACUGAAGGGGGGCUACUUCAUGUCUCCAUGUGUGCUGGACAACUGCAGAGACGACAUGACCUGUGUGAAGGAGGAGAUCUUUGGGCCCGUCAUGUCCGUGUUGCCCUUCGACACGGAGGACGAGGUUCUGCAGAGAGCCAACAAUUCCACCUAUGGGUUAGCCUCUGGCGUCUUCACUAGGGAUGUCGCCCGUGCUCACCGUGUGGCCGAAAACCUGCAGGCGGGAACCUGCUUCAUCAACAACUACAAUGUCAGCCCAGUGGAGGUCCCCUUCGGUGGCUACAAGAUGUCAGGCUUUGGCAGGGAGAACGGUCAGGUGACCAUUGAGUACUACACCCAGCUGAAGACAGUAGUUGUUGAGAUGGGAGAUGUUGAUAGCCUGUUCUAACCAUCUGCGCCGACUGUGACUCAAGUCUACUACCCUUCCAUUGGCACUGUGACUACAUUCAUACAAUAGACAAAGUCCCUCCAUUUCCUGUUUUAGGUCCCUAGCAUUUUUACAGCUGCCCUUCAGAUGCGUUAAUGGCCUUGAUGUAGUGUACAUUCAGAAUGUUUUAGGAGUUAGGUUGAAUAAAGUGCCUAAUAAUGACUACAAUUGAGAAUUCAAACCUACAAAAAGAACUGUUUAUGUACACUAAUAAACCAGUACAACAAAUUGUUUAUGUUUUUAUUGUGAAGAAAACCACUUUAGUUUGUCAUCUCUGUUAUCAACAGGGCACACAUUCUUUAUAAUUCCAUUUCCUAUUAACUAGUGUACCUUUUUGUAGGGUGUGAAACAAUGCAGAUAUUGACUAUUUUUCACACUUUGUACCGUGCAAUUUGCCACAUCUGAAUAAAAAGAAUUUGUUUCACAAA